AUGGCGGGACAACCUAAUCCUCCCGCACAGAUGAUCCAAAACCAACAGGUGUGUGUUGAUGGCUUGACUAAGUAUGCACACCUUUUACAAGUCAUCGAUGAAAUGGGACGGGAUAUAAAGCCCACUUACGUCAACAACAAGAACGCAGCUGAAAGGUUGAAGAAAAAUAUUCAUUCUGCUCGUAUUCUAGUUCGUGAUUGUGUUGCAGAGCUGGAGAGGGUUAUGAAAAGUUGA